GUCUAAUAUGGCGGAAAUUUUUUUAAAAAAAUCGUUCGGUAUCGCUUGAAAUUUGCUACUUGGAGGUUUUUUGGAAUGCUGACAGUAAAUAUGAUGUUAUUUGUUCAAAAUUUAAAAUGGUGGAACAAAUAUGGCGGAUAUAUUUUUUUAAAUUUGACGGUUUUGCUUGAAACUCGUUGUACAGGGGUUUUCAAGGUCGCUGAUUACGAAUCUGAUAUUAGUAAAUUGUAUUGAUUUUUAAUUUUUCUGUCCGCCAUAUUGGAUCAGACAUUUUAAAUUUUGAAAAACUUACAUCAGAUUCGAAAUCAGCGACUCCGAAUACCCCCGAGUAACAAUUUUCAAGCGAAUCCAAACGAUUAUUUAAAAAUUCGUCCGCUAUUUUGGAUCCGCCAUUUUGAAUUUUGAAAAACGGACACCAUAAUCUUUGGGUGUUUUCGACGUCGACGCUCUGAGUGUUCUGAAAGUGUUAAGUGGUAAUCAACCAAUAUUAAAAAUUAUGAUUAGCCAUAACUUAUUAUGAUUGGCUAAAGCAUGCUAAAAGUGACAUGUUUGUGAUACGGGCUGCAGUUUUAGGUGUUGUGCACAAAAAAAGGUGUGUUAUUUGCAUGUUUUAUUUGAAAUUGGAUGCGUUCAGGCUGUGCUUGUGCUCUGAUUUCUCAAUCUUGUUUAAUAAACCGAGCGUGUUUUCAGAGUGCGAAAGUAAAUAACGGAAAAUUUUCAAAAAUGGCAAAUUUAAACCCUGAAGUCAAUUACGUUAACGCUAUAGGAAUUGUACAAAAUCUUGUUGAAAUGUUUUUUGACGAUGAUGAUGAUGAUGAGGAAAUCAUUAUAUUCAUUUUAAAUGGAAAAGAGAGUCAUAAUAAAAUUGUAGGUUACUUUGAAGAUGUAAUUGCGAUGUAUUCGCUAUCAGACUUCAAAUACCAUUUCCGGAUGUCGCGAAAUACAUUUGGAGUUUUUUUGGAAAUUUUAGCUCCCUCGUUAAUUGGAGCAAUGAAUGGUGGACUUGCUACAGUACCAAUAGAAAAGCAAUUGUGCAUAGCUAUGUGGUAUUUCGCCAAUCUGGAAGUUUAUAGAUCGAUAGCAGAUCGAUUCGGAGUCUCGCAAAAUACAGCCUGGAGAUGUACUAUUCGAAUUGCGAAAGUCCUAAAUCGAAGAUCUGCAGAAUUCAUACGAUGGCCUCAAGGACAAGAGAUCAUAAAAAACCAGCAGGAAUUUUUUGAGAUUGCUGAUUUUCCUGACAUUAUAGGAGCAGUGGAUGGUUGUCACAUUAGAAUCAAUGCCCCUUCAGAGAAUCCUGAAAGUUAUGUGAAUCGCAAAGGAUUCCAUUCUCUGCUUUUGCAAGGCAUCUGCGAUGCCAGGAUGCGUUUCAUAGAUAUAUACACGGGAAUUUGCGGCAGUGUCCAUGACGCCAGGGUCUGGACCAUGAGCGACAUAAGUGAAGCCAUUGAGGAAAACAUCGAGGAAUUUUGUCCUCGAGGGUCCCAUAUCAUUGGUGAUUCAGCCUAUGGUAUCAAACCAUACUUAAUGACUCCGUACAAAGAUCGAGGUUUCAUGACACCUGCGCAGAGGAAUUUUAACAGAAUUCUUUCCCGUGAGCGUGUUGUCAUCGAAAGAGCGUUUUGUUUGCUCAAAGGCCGCUGUCGGAGAAUGAAGCAAUUAUAUUUGCAAAAUGUCAAAUAUGGGGCCCUCAUUAUAGCUGCCUGUUGUGUUGUUCACAAUGUGUGUCUAGAUGUAGAGGACGAAGUAAAUGAAGACAUAUUAAGAGAAGAAGACAACAUUGAUGACGACGACGAUGGUGAUAAUAGAGGCAUUAACGUUGGCGCUAAUAAUGUCCGUGCUAAUGCUGAAGCAAAAAGGCUUCAUCUUUGUGAAAUGUUCAUGGCAGCAAGGAGGCGAUAAACGUAUUCAAUCACGACUAAGAGAAUGGACCAGUGACAUUUUCACAUCACAUUUCAUGCGAUGCAUUAUUUAUUGGAAACCACAUAAAAAGAUUCUUUUUUUUAUUGUGGCUGACAUGGGUGAAAAAACGAAGUGUAAAAAUGUAAAUUUAAGACUUUAAGAUAUAUAUUUUAUGUUGUUAAAUAAAAGAAUUGCGAUUUUAUAUAUAUAUAUAUAUAUAUAUAUAUAUAUAUAUAUACAGAUGGAAAAUGUACAUCUGGAAAAUUAGAAUUAUUCUAAACACGAAUCAAAAUUGUUGUGCUUCAUAUUUGAAAUUACUUGUAAAACAAGAUAAUAGGAUUUUCUUGUUCAAUAUUUUUUCCGCGUUUUACCCUCUUAUUUUUUCCUUCGACGC